GUUACUCUCUUCAUCUCGGUCCUGCUUCUCUAGGUCAGUCUAGUAUGGAAUCACCAUGGAUUAAACGGAGACUGUUAGGAAACUCUAGUCAGGACCCUAUUGCGGAAAUUUUUCUUCUUGGCUUUGCUGGAAUUAAACAAUACCCACAGAUGCUUGGAGUGCUAUUCUUCAUUGUGUAUAUAUUAAGCAUAUUUGGAAACAUCUUUGUUUUCUGUGUUAUCAAAAAAGAAGAACAACUGCACACUCCAAUGUACAUUAUCAUUUCUAAUCUUGCUUUAUCAGAUAUUGUUUACACUACAAUCGUCAUGCCUAAAAUUAUUGAGAUGUAUCUGUUCAAUAAUUAUGCAAUGCAAUUCAAUGCAUGUGUGGUUCAGAUGUGCUUUUUACAUUUCCUUGCUAUUGUAGAAAGUUUUCUUCUUGUAGCAAUGGCUCUUGAUCGUUAUGUGUCAAUAUGUAAUCCUUUAAGAUAUCCAUCAUUAAUUACACAUAACUUGACAUAUGUAAUGUGCUUAGUAUGUUGGGUAUGUCCUUUAUUUGUUCCAGGUGUUCUGUUUGCCUAUUAUGUAGGGCUGCCAUAUUGUGGACCUAACAAAAUACCACAUUUGUAUUGUGAAUAUGCUUUAGUCGUACGGCUUGCUUGCACAGAUACUACCAGUAAUGUCAAUGUUGGAAUAACCCUGGGAUGCGUAGUAUUGCUUGUCUGUUUUUCAAUUAUUUGCCUGUCAUAUUUACAAAUAAUAAUAACAAUCUUUAAAGUUACUCAACCUGGAGGCAGAUCAAAGGCAUUUUACACUUGCAGUACACAGUUGGUGGUUAUCUGCAUUUUCAUGAUACCAAGAAUAUUUGCGUAUAUCAGUCUUAAUUUUUCUUACAUGCCAUCUGAUCUUAGAAUAGCAUUAGGGUUUUUUUACACUGUUUUCCCACCAUUUAUACAUCCUGUCAUAUAUAGUCUGCGAACUAAAGAAAUACGAGCCUUUAUAUUGAAAUCAUUCAGGACAAAAAGAAUUAACAUUCCUCGAGUGAAAUUAGACAAUAUUUCUGCAUAAUAUCUGUUUAGCUGUUCAUUUUUAACACCUUGCAAUUGUAAGGUGACAUGAACAUUCAAAUAUAUUACAGUACUAGGUAAAUGACUGUUACAAUAAUUAAAAUGUCUUAUUAAAUACAUAAUACAUAAAGCCAGUUUAACUUAUGUAAUAUAUGUAUUAAAGUAAUGGUAUUGAUCUAAAUAACCAAUCUAAAUGUGUAGGAUUCAUUCUUUUGUAAUUUAAAAUCCAUUAAGUGAAAUU